AUGGAGGCCGAGGCGAAAUUGGUGUACGACCCCGAGGAGCUUCCUCUGGGUUCCCCGGCCGCCUUUGACGAUCUGGACGGCAAUGCCUGGACGCCGAUGAACCGCCACGCUUGUACCUUUGAACCCCACCACUUCGAGAAGGUCAUGGUGAACCUGGUCAACAAUCCCAACCUCAACUCCAAGUGGCUGUUCCGUGCGGAUAUUCUAUAUGACGACCGUCAAGAUGAGUCUGAUGCCCAGAAUCCCCAGGAUGUCAAGGAUGCCCAGGCGUCGUCUCCCUCCCAGCUUCCCCAGACGCGGAAUAUCCGUGACUUCACCCGCCAACGGACCAUGGUGCGCAAGUUGAUUCCUCGCAACACCAUGCGCGAUGCACCCCUGGACCAGACAUGUUCCUUUUACACCUCAUCUCGCCCCGCUGAAGGCGAAGCGGCCGUGACGAAAACCCUCGUCAUUUACACUCCCCAUGCCGAUGCCGCCGCCGACCUCCCCUUUUACCACCCCAAAGUCAGGGGAAUAGCCCAGCUGCACGAAUGGGAUCCGGCUGCAAACCAGGGCACCAUCUCGGUUCAUUUUCUAAUGUUCCAGGAUGACGAGGUUGACAAGGUCAAGCUGGGGAGGAUUGCCUAUCACCUGCUCCAGAUCUUGCACAAGCACGGCCAAACCACUGCCGCUGGCUAUGUCAAGAGGGUCAACCACGACGUCAUCGUACCCCAGCAGAGAUUCCAGAACCGAUAUUCCGAUCUCAAGAACAAGUAUGCGAGGACGCUUGUUGAGUCCUGGGCCGAGACCACCGAUCCGUCCAAACACGUAUUUGAAGACCUGGGUAUCGCUGCCUUCCUCAUAGAACUAUGGGCAGACAUGUACAAGGACGCCGAGUUCCCUGGCUUCGUUGAUAUCGGUUGCGGAAACGGGUUGUUAGUCCAUGUCCUGCAGUUGGAAGGUUAUGCCGGUUGGGGGUUUGAUGCUCGGGCACGCAAGUCGUGGGCCCAGUACAAGUCCUCAUCUUCCUCCUCCCCCUCUACGGAUUCCCUCCAAAAACUCCUUCUCUUACCCAGCGUCGUUCCGAGGGGGACACCUAGCGAAGAUGAGAAACCGAUCAACGAGGAGGAUAUUCACAAUGGCAUCUUCCCCAAGGGAACCUUCAUCAUCUCCAACCACGCUGAUGAACUAACCCCAUGGACCCCGAUUCUCGCUGCCAUCUCGGACUGCCCCUUUAUCUCAAUACCCUGCUGCAGCCACAACCUCACCGGCGAUAAGUAUCGCGCCCCCGCUCCUCGGGACAAGACCAAGGGCAAGUCGACGUUUGCGUCGCUCGUUGACUGGGUCACACGGAUCGCAGAGGACUGUGGCUGGGAAAUCGAGACGGAGAUGCUGAGGAUUCCAAGCACGAGAAAUAUUGGGCUCGUCGGGCGGAGGCGGACUAACGGGGACAAUGAGAUUGACAUCCCAGCUAUUUUGCAAAAGUACGGAGGUGUCGAGGGUUAUUAUGCCAACGUUGUCAAGCUGCUCAAGUCGGCUCCGAGAGGCCACUAA